AAUUUCCUGAAGAUGAUAAUUUUAUAAAUAAUAUUCAUCAAAAACUUCAAAUUGAAAGUAUAGAUUGGGAUUUAACUAGAAUUAAACAAUAUUGGUCAAAUAAUAAUUAUGCAAAAAAACAAAAAAAACAAAAUCUUUAA